AUGCCAUCCGUGAUAGUACAGUCUGGCCUGUCGUCAAUCAACUCCUAUGUUUUCGGUGUGAUAUCGAUAUCACUAAAUAGUUUUUUAAUCUAUGUGAUUCGUAAUCGACCGUCACGAGUGAUCGGAUCUUACAAGCAAUUGAUGGUCGCAUGUGCUGGGUUCGACAUCUGCUUCAGUGCAGUUUAUAUCACGUUUGCUGCAACGCCUGAAAUGUCAGCGCUGCUGAUCGUCAACGGCGGCAUCGAGAUGCCAACGAUCUGUGGACGUGUUCUACUAGUGAUAUUCGUGCUCCUGUUCUGCCAGUCCCUUAUUAUUCCGCCAUCGAUGUUUGUUUUUCGAUAUCUUCAGAUAUGUAGCAGUACAGUCGCCAUUACUUCCUGUGAAACCUCAAAACUAUAUCCGCCCCCUCCUGUUUCUGAAGAAGUGGGCUUUUCCGUGAUUUCUCAAUGGAAAUCUUAA